AUGGUGAUGAGGGCCUUUGUCCUGUUGGCUGUCUUUGCAGAAGCCUCUGCAAGAUCUUGCACUCCAAUAAAGCAGGUAUGCCCCGAUGUCAUUCUUGUGUUUUGUUAUCCCAAAACCAUCAUCACCAAAAUCCCCGAGUGUCCUUACGGCUGGGAAGUGCAUCAGCUGGCGCUUGGCGGGCUGUGUUACAAUGGGGUCCAUGAAGGAGGUUACUAUCAAUUUGUGAUCCCAGAUUUGUCGCCUAAAAACAAGUCCUAUUGUGGGACCCAGUCCGAGUACAAGCCCCCCAUCUAUCACUUCUACAGCCACAUCGUUUCCAAUGACAGCACAGUAAUCGUAAAGAACCAGCCCGUGAACUACUCCUUCUCCUGCACCUACCACUCCACCUACUUGGUGAACCAGGCUGCCUUUGACCAGAGAGUGGCCACUGUUCACGUGAAGAACGGGAGCAUGGGCACAUUUGAAAGCCAAUUGUCUCUCAACUUCUACACUAAUGCCAAGUUCUCCACUAAGAAGGAAGCCCCUUUUGUCCUGGAGACAUCUGAAAUCGGUUCAGAUCUGUUUGCGGGAGUAGAAGCCAAGGGGUUGAGCAUUAGGUUUAAAGUGGUUUUGAAUAGCUGCUGGGCCACACCAUCGGCUGAUUUCAUGUAUCCUUUGCAAUGGCAGCUGAUCAAUAAGGGCUGCCCCACAGAUGAAACAGUCCUUGUACAUGAGAAUGGGAAAGAUCACAGAGCCACCUUCCAAUUCAACGCUUUCCGGUUCCAGAACAUCCCCAAACUCUCCAAGGUUUGGUUACACUGUGAGACAUUCAUCUGUGACAGUGAGAAGCUCUCCUGCCCAGUGACUUGUGACAAACGGAAGCGACUCCUUCGGGACCAGACAGGGGGCGUCCUCGUAGUGGAGCUCUCCCUCCGUAGCAGGGGAUUCCCCAGUCUCUAUAGCUUCUCAGACGUCCUCUAUCACCUCAUCGUGAUGCUGGGGAUUUGUGCCGUGUUGUAGGGGAUCGCCAGGCAGGCAGUGGCAUCUCCUCCACCCAACAUCAUCUCCUGUGUCGAUGACAAACUCCCAUUUAUUGUGCUGCCAACAAGAACAAACAGAAGAACAUACCGUUGAGGAGCGGAGAAUAGCGCUUUGCCAAUUACGUGUUCCAAUGAUUUUUGCGCCUUUCGGUGAUUGUCUUUGGUGCCCUACUUCCUCUUUGUGACUUCCUGUGGCUCUGAGAUCCUACAGUCCCUCUCCGGCAGCUGGCCGAGAAGUCUCCUUUCCCCAGGCUCAAGUCAGGGCUGCAGUGGACUCCUUUGAAAGCCAUUCUAAUUUUAAAACACUAGCACACCCAACCAAGUGCAGCUGAACAUUUUGACGAGAAUGUAGGGCAUAACCACCAAGUCAGUGCUAAGUACAGAAUGCACAGGAAUAGCCAAUUUUGCCAAGAGGGGGCCUUUGUCCCUGAUGUUGUGCAAUGCUUAUUUAAGAACCAGGGCUGAGCCACCAGGCAGGGGGUUCCAAUCUUUCAAAUGAUGAUAUGUGGGAAUCAGAGUGGAAUAUAAUAAUUUUGCUUAAACCUGAGUAUUAUAAAAGAAAAUAAUUCCU